AUGCCCUUCAUCGAGGCGGUUGCACAAACGCCUAAGUAUGCCAAAUUUUUAAAGGAGCUUCUUACAAAGAAAAAGAAGAUGGAAGAAGUGAAGAAGGUGGUUCCAAAUGAAAAUUGUUCAGCUACCAUGUUGAACAAACUACCUAAGAAGAUGGGUGACCCAGGUAGUUUGACCUUGCCUUGCCAAUUCGGAAAUUUAUCAACUAUUCAUGCAUUGGCUGAUUCAGGGGCAAGUGUUAACCUUAUACCAUACUCAUUCUUUAAGAAGUUAGACCUUCUGGAUCCAAGUCCAAUUCGAAUGGCAAUUCACUUAGCAAAUAAAACAGUGACAUUUCCAAGAGGAAUAUCUGAACACCUAUUGGUGAAAGUAGAUAAGUUUGUGUUCCCCGCGGACUUCAUAGUACUUGACAUGGAAGUGGAUCCUCAAGUCCCAAUCAUUCUUGGAAGACCAUUCCUUAAUACCGCAACUGCUACAAUAGACAUGUGA